AUGUCUUUCGACACGGGGGUCAAUUUCAAAAAACCUUUACAACGUCGUGAUUAUGAUUUUCAAGAUCUCAAAUUCAGUAUUCUCAUCACUCCUAAUGAAAUUGACCCUCAUAUCGAAAUCGAUGACCCAACCAAAAACCCUGGAGCCUUUCGCGCAACAAUCUCAUUCAUGGAAGGCAACCCUCGUGUAGACUGUAAAAUCCCCGAAGGGAUUGAAUGUUUAGAUAUUACCGAUGCGGAUAAUCACCGAGAGAUUAACCCUGUCCUAAAUUCCCAUUUCAAUAUAACCCUUUCAAGAGAUUAUUAUAUCAUCCACAACAAUUUUAGGAUUUUGUCUUUGAGACGAGAAUUAGGUC